ACAUUGCUUCCAGUGCACAAAGCGGUCGGUUGUAAAAUCCACGCAACUUGUAUGAACUAGAACAGUAAGAUGAUGCAAGAAAUUCUGAAAGUAAUCAAGAUCACAGAUAUUUCACUUUAAUAAAAUGAGAAACAGUGAAGUGACUUAAAUCAAAGUGUUUUGCAAGUUAACCACUGACUUAUUAUUAACAUAGUUAAAAUGAUUCUUAGUUAGUUUAGAAUAAAAUGAACAGAAUAAAGUUAAGGUUGUAGGAAUAAAUUGUUAGCGAACAACAUGGAGAGGAGAAAAUGUUUUGUAUGGCACAAGUUAUUUUGGGCUGCUGCAAUAUUACAAUUAGCAAUGUUCACAACAGCACUGAAUGUCACAACUGAAUUACCACCGGACACCGAGCCAGUCAGCGGGUACACAUGGAGUGCGUGGGGCAGCUGGAGCGCCUGCUCCAAGUCCUGCGGGGGAGGAGUGGCGGUACAGGAGAGGCAGUGCUUACCCAGAUCCAGAAGUACAGCUGUCAACACAACGAUACCACCUCCCCUGUCAUCACCCCUGCCGCCUCCCCUGCCACCGCCGGUGAUCACCGUGCGAGUGACGCGACAGACGCGCGACUGCCUCGGCGUAGCGCGCCGAUAUCACGAGUGUAAUACUGCUCCAUGUCCCAAAGGCGAGACGGACUUGCGGGCCGAGCAGUGCGCGGUAUACGACAGGCGCCCGUUUCGAGGACGAUUCUACACCUGGGUUCCUUACAUAGACGGUGAUUCUCCUUGCACCUUGAACUGUCGGCCUCUGGGGCAGCAGUUCUACGCGUCGUUGGCUCUGGUGGCCGAUGGAACGCCUUGCACGAAGCCAGGGUACCGGGCUAUUUGCGUGCAGGGGACCUGUAAGAUCGUGGGUAGAGAAACGAUAAUUGCUGCAGCAAAUGCCCGUGAGGUGCGAUGCGGAAGAAGACUGGUGUCAGGCCUGUUCUCCCGGCCGCGGCUGCCGCUCGGCUACUCGUACGUGACGACGGUGCCGCGCGGGGCCUGCCGCCUCAACAUCUCCGAGAUCGUGCCCAGUGACAACUACAUCGGUUAUAGGGGACUGUUCUCCCGGCCGCGGCUGCCGCUCGGCUACUCGUACGUGACGACGGUGCCGCGCGGGGCCUGCCGCCUCAACGUCUCCGAGAUCGUGCCCAGUGACAACUACAUCGCUCUGAAGAUAUCAAACAGUUCAUACAUAGUGAACGGAGAGUUUGCCGUGAGCGCCCCGGGGACCUACGAUGCAGCGGGCGCAAGGUUCGUCUACUCCCGAGUAGCUGGACUCGACAAUAUCUUCGCGAUGGGACCCAUAUUACAACCCGUGGACAUAAUGGUUCUAUACACUCAACCAAAUCCAAGCAUACGAUACGAAUAUUUCACGGAAUCGCUCUCAAAUGAGGGAGAAACCGAAAUAUCGACGAGACCUAAUAUCCCUGAGAUUCUCCCCUCAAUAGCUACGAAGCAUAUUCGCAGACACCACACAUUCGAAACGUUUCCUAGACCAAGUGUAUCCAGGUUUCCUGAUCUGGUCAGCAUGUCUAAAGAAGUCGGCAGUGAUGAUGAUGUGGAGGAAAAUGUGGUUGGGAACAGGAAGUUUAUUUGGAAGAUAACUUCUUAUAGUCAGUGCACGAGGAGUUGUGGUGGCGGUAUUCAGCUAGGCAAAUAUCGCUGCGUAGAAAUCAGCACCAAUGGUUCUGAUAAGGAGGUGUCUCCAGUGCAUUGUCCAGGGUCUUCCCCUGUUGGGAGGAGAAGAAGGUGCAACAACGCACCAUGCCCUCCCAGAUGGAGGGCUGCUGCAUGGUCAGCUUGUCCUUACUGCGGACCAGCCAGUAGAACCAGAAUUGUUGGCUGUGUACAGGACCAUUUUAGAGGUAUAACCAAGGUCAGCGAUCAAAAGUGCCCGUCUCCGAAGCCCAUAACAUCGGAAGUAUGCAACAUUCCCAACUGUGAUGGAUCAGAACAAAUCGGUGUUCGAGGAGUGAGGACUCAGGAGCAUACAGACACUUUCAGAGAUGGUCCUGUUUAUAGUGUAGCCGUGAAUAGCACAGAUUUUGAUGUGGGCCCUGAAUAUUCGUUUGGAGCUACAGCCGGUUGGCUUUAUACUGACUGGUCAGAAUGUGUAGGCUGGUGCGUGGGUGGUGGGGUUCAGACACGCGGUAUUCGCUGCGCUGACCCUUCAGGAUGUACACCCAAGAAGGCACCAGAGUCCUCCAGGAAUUGUACCCCGAAGCUGACGUGCGAGCCACAUGACGGACGAUGGUUCACUGGCGAAUGGUCACCCUGUUCAUCAUCUUGUGGAGGCAAGCAAAUCCGUGGGGUUCUGUGUAUCGGAGGCAGCGGGAGGCACCUCAGAGACACCGCCUGCAAGGGAACCAAGCCUGAUCAGGAACGAAGCUGUGGUGGAGACUGCGCCCCUACGUGGUACUCUGGAGAGUGGGAACAGUGCACCGGCAACUGCACAAACGGCGUGGGAGCUCAGAGAAGAUCGGUGGUGUGCCUGAAGGACUCCAAUGGAGCUGGCUCGGAUGCAGACUGUCCGGGACCGAAACCGGCGUCGGUGAGGGCCUGCGAACCGGACUGCAACUCGGAUGUUCCACCAGAAAUAUCUCUAGAGCCAGAGAUAGCGCCUAUUAUCACGACUAGUCUGCCGACCACACCUCGAAUCGUUCAAACCACACCUCGAGUCAUUCAAACUACUUCUUUUACUACUACCGUCAAAAGUCCUCCUAAAGAAUGCAAGGAUAAGCUGAGCAACUGUGCGCUCGCGGUGCAAGCUCGGCUCUGUCACUACAAUUACUACGUACAGAACUGCUGCUACUCCUGUAUUGGUAGAUGAGCUAUCACGACUACAAACUUUCGUACUUAAAGUGCCAUUUCCAAUUAUUUCUCUAAGAUAAACCGCCAACACGAAGAUUUUGUGGAACUGAAUUAAACGUUUAAUAAUACUCUGACUAGUAUUACAUACUAUCUACGCUAACAACACUGCCUGUAAAUAGACUAUGUUUGCCUUUAAUCAAUUUUAAUCUUCCAAACGCUCUAAGUUUAAAUUUAUUUACAAAUUAGUUUUAAUGGACACGUAUUUUGUUUAAUUGGUGUGAUAUUUAAAAUAGUUAAUGUUAGUAAGAUGGGAACGGAACUUGGCGCUGCACUACCGUGCCUGUUUUUAAGAAAGUACUUACGAUGUAAUUAUGCGUUAUUUUUAAGAGAAUUAGGAUAUCGCUGUUUGUAACUCGAAUAAGAAUUUUAGUAAAAUAAUUAAUUAAUAAGAAUGUAAAUAAACUGAAGCGGAAUAAAUAAAACUAAUGAAAUAAAUGAUGAAUUUUGUUUUUAUUUUACAUAGCAACCAAAUCUUAAGGCUUGUAUAAAAAUAUACAGCUCCCUAUAAAAUAUUAUACACAACGCUUAAGUACUAAAGUACUCGUGUAAAUAACAUACUAUUAAAUCUAAAAGAUUAAUUUAAGUACUAUUACGAGUAUACCUACUUGAUUCAUACAAUAAAUAUUUUUUGAUUUGUCGAUCCCUGGGUAUUUAUCGCGAUAGAUAAAUAUGAGAUAUAAUUACUGUAACACGAUUAUCUUCACCUUUAUCAAUAUUAUUUACUUAAAAACAAUAUAAAAGGCAUAUCUUAUCAAAUAAUUAUAUUAAUAUACAUACGUGUGGUAGUAUCUAAAUUUUCUCAAGAAAAGACAAGAAUUUGCACACUAAUUAAGUAGCUACUAUCAAAUUUUAUAUGACUGACUCAGGACAGGACUGUCGAACUAUCAAUCGAUUUGCGAAAUGAAAAUUAAAAAUUUCAAUAUUUAACAUACCUACUUAAAUUAAAAUUAACAUUAAAAAUAAAAUAAAUUAUUCAAAAUUUGCAUCCUCGUUGAAGUUUGAGACAGCAAGGUAAUAAAGUGCCGACAAGGCUCAUCACCGUUAAACAUAUGAGCAGGUUAGUGCUAGCAUUGCCAAACACCGUUCUGAAUGUUUCCUCAAUGCCAAAUAUCAGGGCCAGGAAGCCGAUGAUCAUAGUCAAUGCCCCGAUGAUGCAGUGGAGAAGACAGGUCACACGAGGCAUGCAGUGGAUGUAGAGAUGGAAAGCCCCUCCAACCAAACUUAUUAUGGUGAAGAUCAUCGCUACUAAGCCU